GUAGAGGAUGGGAGAGUAUAUUUUUGUUUUUUUUUGAAAAUUAAAAAAUUGUUUUCAGAACCCUUAAAUGGAGACGAAGCAAUCCUUAAAGUUUUACGUGCAAAGUCACUCUUUGAUGUUGUCGAUGUAAAAGAUAAGGAUAGUCUGGAUAAGAAGAGAUUGCUCAGAGCUUUGACUAAAUUGGCAAACAUGGUUGAGCCAGGAAAUAAUUUGAGGCAGAAGGAACGGGCGACACAGGCCAAAAGAAAAAUACAGCAAUGGCAACAAAUGGUAAAUGAUGACCAAAAAUGGGGAGAAUUAUUGGAGGAAGCAGAAAAUCUCCCAAUGGAUGGAUAUAAUAGAGGAUUAGAAUCAAGUGUUAGUGAAAGAAUUGUUCGAAAUGCGGGACCAGUUCUAGCUAAAAAAUUGGAGCAAAUAGCAAAAGAAAAGGGAGGGUUGCCGGUUGGGGAUGCUUUUGCUACUGAAAGUUUUCAAAUUGGACGUUAUUAUUUUGCUAAAAGUAAGCAAUAG